AUGGAUGAGAGACACGAUCCGCAUGGCGACGAGAACGGCAUUGAUGGCCGAGACUUCGAUAUGAAAACACAUCGUACCUCGCCGACGAGUUUCAUCCGAUCAUUUCUUCCGCCGCUGAACUUCAUCACGCUUCACUACGCCUACUUCAUCGGAACGAGUCUCCUCGCCUCGGCCAUCUUCUACGCCUCGUCGAACCCCCACGGAAGCAUCAGCUAUGUCGACUCCCUGUUCCUCGUCGUAUCCGCCAUUACUGAGGCCGGGCUUAACACCGUCAACCUCAGCCAGAUGACCGUCUGGCAGCAGGUGAUGCUGUGGCUGCUCAUCAUCGUCGGAAGCACCAUCUGGAUCUCCAUAUGGACCGUGGCAGCGAGAAAGCAUGUCUUUGAGAAGAAAUUCAAAGAAAUUGUCGACGCGGAGAGGGAGAGAGACCAGCGCGAAGCAUGUCUGCCCAUCUCACACGGCCCGAGGAAAAAGAGUGUGGUCGCGAGUGGUACUGGGAUGAUGAGCGAAGGCGUCUCGACACGGAUCCGGCCCGUCGACAACCACAUCACCUUCGAGGCCGACGACCUCACCCGCCGCUCGACCAACUCCAUCUCCAGCAAAACGAAGCCGACUCGCCCUUGGCUCGCGAUCCUGAGCGCCUCAAAAGAGGGCCGCAACUCGCAGUUCCACUCCCUCACCGCCGCCGAGCGCUCCCGUCUCGGCGGCCACGAGUACCGCGCCCUCCGUCUUCUCUCCGUCGUCGUCCCGCUCUACUCCGUGCUCUGCCACGUCCUCGGGGGCCUGGCCCUCGGCGCCUGGAUCGCCAACAACAUGCCGGAGACCGCGACGUCCAACGGCGCCAACCCGUGGUGGGCGGGCAUCUUCUUCGCCGUCUCGGCGUUCAACAACUCGGGCAUGUCGCUGCUCGACGCCAACGUCGUGCCGUUCCAGCAGGCGUACUUCGUGCUCAUCACGAUGGGCUUUCUGAUUCUGGCGGGCAAUACCGCGUACCCGUUGUUUCUGAGGCUGAUCUUCUGGUCGGCGCUGAAGGUGCUGAGGUUGACGACCGCGGAGGGGACUUGUGCGGAGUUGAAGAGCACGUUGGAGUUCAUAUUGAAGUACCCGAGGAGAGUUUAUACGAAUUUGUUCCCUUCGCGGCCGACGUGGUGGCUUUUCUUCAUGGUGGUGUUGACGAACGGGAUUGACUGGAUGGCGUUUGAGGUCCUCAACAUCGGUAACCCUGUUAUUGAAGCCAUUCCGGUUGGCGCUCGGGUUCUGGAUGGCCUCUUUCAAGCUCUUGCCGUUCGGUCUGGUGGAUUCUACCUCAUUCCGAUUUCAUCGGCCUACCCAGGGCUCCAGGUGCUCUAUGUCAUCAUGAUGUACAUCUCGGUGUACCCCGUGGUCAUAACCAUGCGCCAUUCCAACGUCUACGAGGAGCGCUCGCUGGGCAUCUACGCCGACGACGAAUCACAGCCCGGCCGGACCCAAGUCACCGAGAAGAAGCACCUCAGCGGCGGCAGCGUGAUCGCCAACUUUCUCAGAGAGAACAUCAGCUUCGCGGGUGUCGGUGCAGCGAGGCCCGCCGGCCGCGACGGACACGAGUCCCGCACGAGUUUCGUCAGCCAGCAGAUCCGCGGGCAGCUCGCUCAUGAUCUGUGGCUACUCACGCUCGCAGUGCUUGUCAUCGUCACUAUCGAGACGUCGCACUUUCUCGCGGACCCCGUUCACUUCUCGGUCUUCAACGUCGUGUUCGAGGUGGUGUCCGCAUACGGAUGUGUUGGAAUCUCGGUUGGGUUGCCCAACGACGCGAUGAGUUUCUCGGGCGGGUGGCAUGCGGGGAAGCACCUGGUCAUGUCUGGGUUUGAGGAGUACUCCUUCUACGACGCCGUGCCGGCAGGGAAAUGGACCCGUAUCUUACUUCUCGAGCCAGGGGCUUACGAUGAUCCCAUCAGGUGCUCACUGUAUCUCACGCCUUUUCAAUCUGCAGAAUACGAGGCUAUAUCUUACGUCUGGGGCAACACCCAAGAUGUCGGCUCCAUCACCUGCCAGGGCCUCGAGAUCGACGUGACAGCGAACCUCGUCCAAUCUCUGCGCCAGGUCAGGUACCGCCUCGAGCCGCGACAUCUAUGGGUCGACGCGCUCUGCAUCAACCAGCGAAACCUCCCCGAGAAGGCCUUCCACGUCAACAUGAUGGGCGAGAUCUACUCUCAUGCCUCGCGGGUCGUGGUCUGUCUCGGAGACGACGGCCACAACGGCGAAUCGGCACAGAUCGCGUUCGACGUCAUCAGAGACUACAACCGCAUCGCCGCCAAGUAUAUGACAGAAUCUCGCAUCGCCGAUGGCAGCUUUUGGAAGCCAAAGGAGGAGGACGGAGGAUAUGGGCCGGUCACGGGCGAACGGCUGCUCCACGCCGUGAGAAUCUUCAAGAAGCCGUGGUUCGGGCGCGUCUGGGUUCUCCAGGAGGUCGGACUCGCCUAUGACGUUUUGCUGGCAUAUGGCAACUCGACUAUUGAUUUCACCGAGAUCAUGGACUUUGCCCUGGCUUGGUGUCAGACCGGAAAUGAUUUUGAAGGUGUCUAUUUCAGCUCCGGCUGGAUCUCGGGCCUCUUUGAUCACGUCUGGGCGACGUAUGCCCCGAACAUCGACUUCUCAUGGUAUCGGUCUUCUCAUAUCCUCACGACUUCCGCACGAAAUACUAUACAGAAGAACGAACCGAAAUUUGAGGAUGUGCUCUUCAAGGCAAGGCAUAUACAGAAGGCGACGGAUCCGAGGGACUUCGUCUACGCAUUCCUCGGGCAUCCUCUUGCAAAGUCAGCCGACGGAAAACUCUUGGUGGAAGCAGAUUACACAAGAAUGGAAGGUUCCUGUCUUGAGGCGUCUGUCUAUGCUGUCGACGAGAUCUUGCUUUGCGGCGACGUCGCUGGGGUGGAGCCAUCACAGGAGGUCGACGCCCGAGCCAGAAACGAAGACGCUCAGCGUCUCGCUACAGAAACAGCCCUUUCCCAUCAGCCAAGUCUCGCCGAGAAGUACUGGGCUAUCAUGGAGGCAACCGAGAGAGACAGUGGAAUCGCGUACCAGGACAAGGCUUUCGCGUUUGCUAGCACCCUCCUACACAGCUGCGACAAGGAUGACCAACGUCCAGCCUCGGUAGCAAAGAGCUUCAGUGACUUUUGCAAGACGUACUGCCCGAAUAUCCAGAGUUAUCUUGAAGAACACGCCUGGCUCGAUCAGUGGGCCGCAGCCGAGACUCAUUUCAUACCGUUUAUUCCACGCACCGCGAGUAGCAUCAAAGGAGAGCGGUUCUUCACCACGAAGAAGGGGUAUUGUGGUACAAGUACCCCCUUGGUUAAGCCCGGCGAUCUGAUCUGCAUCAUUCCAUCUGUCCAGACGCCCCUUGUCAUAAGGCGGGUCGAAGAAACUGAUGACGCUUUUCGCAUUAUUGGCUCGUCUUAUGUCUAUGGAAUGAUGUAUGGAGAGGCCUUCAAGUAUCCGGGGCUUGGAAAUGAACCGCCAAAACCGCUUGUUGCUCGAUUUGUGUGA